AUGGCUGACAUUUUGAAGAACAUAUUUGGUGGAAAGGAAGCUGCGGCUGGAGCAAAGGAUGAUUCCGACUUUGCCGAUUUUGCCUCGGCUCCGGACCCAGCUCCCGCUGCCGCUGCCACGCUCGGCGGCGCGACUCCCCUUGCGACCGGCCGACCCUUUACCAAGUGGUACAAUAUCCAUGAGCGCCACUCCUUGUCCGAGUUCAAGGUGGAGGGUGUGAUCCUCCUGGUGACGGCAUUCAUCUUCAUCUUCCACUUCUUUGGCGCAGGUCUCAACCGCACCAAGGCCAAGAAAUGGAUGCGCGCCCACGCCGCCGCCCUGCACAACGAGUUUGCUCUGGUUGGCUUUGGCCGCGCACCCGCCUCCGAGGACGUCAACCCCGACACCCUGCUCAAGGAGAAGUCGCUGUUUGAGUUUGCUGGCUACGCGACCGGUCGCAAGAAUAUCGCCUUUAUGGACAUCAAGAUUACCCUCACCAAGAAGUUCAACCCCAUCGUGUACCUGUUUGAGACAGUCGGCAGCUUCCUCUUUGAGUCUAUGGGCCCCACGCCCGAGGACCUCGUCGAGGUGCUCAUUUAUCCCUUUGACGGCAAGGAGAGCCUUACGGUGCCUAGGCGCCGCAGCGCCGAGGAGAGCGAGCCGCUGAUCGACUCCAGGAGCCAUUUCGACGGCUUCGUCUGGGCCGUGGUCAACAAGACGCGCAUGCAGCGUCUCCGCGAUCAGCGUUACGAUGUCUCCCUGACGGCCACUAAGGACAACUCCAAGCUUCCUGAGUGGCUGACGGUCAUGAGCGAGAGCGCCGAGGUCACGGAUACCUUCUUGACACCCGAACUUAUCGCCGCCGUUGUCGCGCUCGGCGACAACUUUCAGUACCUCGUCAUCUCGGACCAGCCAAUCGACAGCCCGACGACGCUCGACGAGACUACGCCCCGCAAGCGCCUGCACCUCAAGUACAAUCUGCCCAGCGACGGCAACUACGACGCGUAUGUGCCGCUCUUUGAGUACUUGCUGCGCAUGCCCGACCAGCUCGUCGCCCAGGCCCACUUCCGUCCGGAGGUGCUCAAGAAGAUUCGCAACGUUCGCGAGCAAAAGAUUAACCAGAUCAAGAAGGUGGCCGAGGAGGAGCGCGCUGAGGAACGCGCCGCCGAAAAGGAAAAGGCCAAGAAGAGUAAGCGCGAUGCCGACCUCAAGGGCCUGGACGCAAAGGCGCAGAAGAAGUACCUCGAAAAGGAGCAGGCCAAGGAGCAGCGCAAGGCUCAGAAGAAAAUGACCAUGCGGUGA